AUGAACGAGCUGAACACUGUUUCGACUAACUCCAGUGACUCCACCAAGAACGGUGGUACAUCCAAUAGUCCCGACGAUAUGGACUCCGCAGCAGCAGCAAGUCACGCAAUAAAGAAAAGAACAAAGGCCUCCCGGGCCUGCGAUCAGUGUCGUAAAAAGAAGAUUAAAUGUGACUACAAAGAUGAAAAGGGGGUCUGCUCAAACUGCCAAAGGAAUGGAGACCGUUGUAGUUUUGAUAGGGUUCCUUUGAAAAGGGGACCCUCGAAAGGCUAUACGAGGAGCACCAGCCAUCCAAGGACUAACGAAAUACAAGACCACAAUAACUCAAGGUCGUAUAAUACGUUUGAUAAUAGUAACAAUACCCUGAAUAAUAAUACGGGCAAUAGCGGCGACAACGGUAUAAACAGUAACACAGUUCCAAGUACCCCUUCGAGAUCUAAUUCAGUUUUAUUGCCCCCACUGACACAGUACAUUCCCCAGGCUGGUGGCAUUCCUCCUAGUUUCCAAAAUCCAGCGAUACAAUCAACUAUGCCCGCGGGUAAUAUUGGCCAACAGCAGUUUUGGAAAGUGCCCUACCAUGAGUUUCAACACCAAAGAAAAGGAUCUAUCGAUUCUUUGCAAAGUGAUAUAUCGGUAAGAACAUUAAAUCCCAACGAGCAGUUGUCUUAUAACACCGUUCAACAGUCUCCCAUAACGAAUAAACAUACUAAUGAUUCUGGAAAUGCAAACGGAAGUGUCACCGGCUCAGGCAGUGCCUCUGGUAGUGGUGGUUAUUGGUCCUUUAUAAGAACUUCUGGUUUACUAGCUCCUACUGAUGAUCAUAAUGGGGAACAGACAAGAAGAUCAAGUUCCAUACCUUCUUUGCUACGAAAUACUUCAAAUUCUCUUUUACUAGGUGGCCAGCCUCAGCUUCCCCCACCUCAGCAACAAUCGCAGCCACAAGCACACCAACAAAAGUUGCAACAAGGACAGAACCUAUACUCGUAUUCUCAAUUUUCCCAGCAGCAACCGUACAACCCAUCGAUAUCAUCUUUUGGCCAGUUCGCUGCUAAUGGUUUUCAUUCUAGACAAGGAUCAGUCGCCAGCGAGGCUAUGUCUCCCAGUGCACCUGCCAUGUUUACUAGCACAUCUACAAACCCCGUAAAUGUUGCACAGCAAACACAAAGACCUCAAGGACAGCAGGUACCGCAAUUUUCAUCUGAGUUGGAUGGAAAUAAAAGGCGACAAUCAGCCCCCGUAUCAGUAACAUUAUCCACGGACAGGCUGAAUGGUAAUGAGAAUAAUAAUGGUGAAAUUAACAACAAUAAUGGCAGCAAUAAUAGCGGUUCUUCUAAGGAUACAUCUCAACAUUCCCAAGAAUCUGUAACUACACCAGCGGCUUUGGAAGCAUCCAGCCCUGGAUCAACGCCACAGAGAAGUACAAAAAAACGCAGAAAAAGUUACGUAUCUAAGAAGACAAAACCAAAGAGAGAUUCAUCUAUAUCUAUAACAUCGAAAGAUUCUGCUCACCCAAUGACCACUUCAUCAACUAUCGCGUAUGGACAGAUAUCCGAUGUAGAUCUAAUAGACACCUACUAUGAGUUCAUACAUGUAGGAUUUCCGAUCAUACCUUUAAACAAAACGACCUUGACCAGUGACUUAUUGUUAGUUAACACACAGCCAAUUUCCAAUAUACACGAAGUCAAUUCAUAUGUUAUUUUGUGGUUUAGAAAUUCAUUGGAAUUGUUAGUUCGUGUUGCUCUGAAACAAAAGCCAGGUGGCAAGUUUUUCGAUAAUAUUGUUGGCGUGGCUUUGUCGCCAAGUAAUGACAACAACAAAGCUGGGUUCACUACAGCCACGGCAAGGGAUGAUGCUGAAAAAACAAGACGUGAUUCACAUAAUGAAGUACAGGAUACUUUGGAAGUGCAAAGCGUUUUUAUUGCCGCCCUCAAUGAAUGUUUCCAAAAAAUCGUGGAUAUUCAUCCCAAAUUCAGAGAAAACAACGACCAAAUUUCGCCGAAGAUCAAAGUCAUUUAUUUAUCUACUUUUAUUCUUUUAAAUUACAUUUUGGCAUUUGUUGGAUACGAUAACUCAUUUGUACUUGGAAUGUCGGUGACAAUUUUUAACGAAUUUAAAUUAUACAAACUUCUAUUAUUUCCGGAGCCGGAUAUAAAUGAUGUGAAGCCUCCAGUUGAUGAAGAGGUCAGCACUGGUAAUGGGAAUACAAAAACGUCCGAAUUUGAAAUUGGAUCUGAAAGUGCUGGGCAUAUGAAUCCAUCCAAUUCACCAAAUUCCAUGGACGAAAACAUUAGUCACUAUUCAGUGUUGUUUAAAAGAUUAUACGUUUUGCUUUCAGUGUUUGAUUCUUUACAAAGCUGUGCAUUCGGUGGUCCCAAGCUAUUAAACAUUUCCAUCCAAGGUUCUACAGAAAGAUUUUUUUCUAAUGAUUUGGGCUCAAAAUGGUGCCUGGAACAAAGCCAAUUGAGACUGAAAAGCGUCUUGCAAAGCUUGAAAUUGGGUGAAUUGAUGAGUGAGCUUACCAGGAAUAGAAUAUCAAUGAACGGCAAUAGGAAGCCUGGGUUCGAUAUUACGAACUCGUCUUCACUCUUAUCGGAAUAUGUGGAAACUCAACCUCUAUCCGUAGCACAGUUAUUUUGCAAGCUAUUAAUUGGCAAACACAAUUUCAUCAAUUGCUUAUUAUCAUUAUACGAUUCAGAAGCAGGAGUCUAUUCAGAUUUGACAUUGGAUUUGAGUUCGAAAAUAGCAGACUCUCUGUGCUCAUUGAUAUCAAUAAUUUUGCAAGUAUUGACGUUGAUAUUAAGACUGAAUCCUACGAACAGUAUUGAUUUUAAUUAUAGACCACCGAACCCACCCGCUAAUAAUCCGACAGUGCAAGAGGGCCCAUCUGCUAUGGGCUCGUCUCCAGUCGCUGGGAACCUUAGCGCUGCACCUCCAUCGGAGGGGAAUCCAGAUUUUUACAAGAAAUUACUAGGCCUGAAACAAGACACUGGCACUAUCCUUUCAGACCUUUGCCGGGGGAUAAUUUCCCCCUUUGCUAUUGCUAUCCUGCACGAGGUCUACAACAUCACUGAACUGGUCAAGCAGAUGCCUACAUCACUCAUUAGCAUUAUGAUGACGGCAACUACAACGCAGAAUACUCAGGACACCAAGAAGUCGCAGGACCUGGUCAUGAAGCUGUCAAACUCGAUGAAUGAAGUAGUUCAAAUCACCAGCGUGCUGACAAUGAUCAAGCCAUUCAAGAUCUUCGAGCACGAGCUUAAUAAGCCCAUAAUGUCCCUGACAGGAGGACUUUCGUCCACGACCAGAAACGACGUCAUGUGGCCAAAGUCGGGCCAAGGCCUCCGCGAGUCAUCAGUCAUGAAGACAUUGCUUGAUGAACGCCGUACUUCUGGUACACAACCGACAACGGCGCCAGUAGCCGCAGAGGAACCCAGGCUUGAGAACGUUGCCCUGGAAAAUUUCGUUAGUAUCGGCUGGAAGCUGUUGGACGAUUCCGAGUUAGGCUGGUAUUGA